GAGGGACCCGCUCCUGCCUCUCGCCGCCGCUUCCACCUCCUCGGGAGCCAGAGAGACCCGCCGAGCCAGCAGCAGGAGAAAGAGGCGGACACGGCGCAACCUCUUCCCCGCGGUAGAGGUGGGUGAGGGCUGGCAGGGCCCCGGCAACCACGGUCGCCGCUGCCGCCGCCAUGAAUCCUGCAAGCUGCUCAAGACCGGCCCCGGGAAGAAAGCCGGCCGGCCGGAGGGAGCUGGAAAGAGAAUAGGGAGCCGGUGCCGAGUGCUCCUCGCCCGUUACUUUGGGGCCAGGCUAGCCACCUCCGUGUCCAUGAGACCGCCGUCUUCCCGUCAGAGGAGCUGCCGCCGCCACCUCCUCCUUCAUCAGCAGCCACCAACCAGAGCGCACGCCGCCGCUGUUGCCGCCGCUGGGCCCAGUUCCCUCGGCCCUGCCGCCGCCUUUCCUCUGCGCAGCAGAAGGAAAAGACUACAGAUCCACGUGUGAAAAGAAUGGCUGUGACUUUAGAAAAGGCCCAAAGGGCGGCCUAUGUAUUUCUGAAAGCACUCUUAAGAUUUGGCUUCAUGGUUGCUAAUAACCUUGUCGCUAUUCCGUCCUACAUUCUAUAUUUAAUAGUACUGCAACCUCUCCGAUUGUUGGAUAGUAAACGGUUCUGGUAUAUUGAAGGAGUAUUAUUUAAAUGGCUUUUAGCUAUGGUGGCAUCCUGGGGCUGGUGGGCAGGAUAUACAGUCAUGGAAUGGGGAGAUGAUGUUAAUACAAUAACAGAAGAUGAAGCUGUGAUGCUGGUGAACCAUCAAUCAACAGGAGAUGUUUGCACUCUAAUGAUGUGCCUUCAGGACAAAGGCACGGUUGUUCGUGAGAUGAUGUGGCUGAUGGAUCAUAUUUUUAAAUAUACAAACUUUGGAAUUGUAUCUCUAAUUCACGGAGACUUCUUUAUAAGACAGGGAAAAGCUUACCGUGACCAGCAGCUUGUGCUUCUCCAGGACCAUCUAGAAAAAUAUUACAGGAGUCGUGAUCGCAAGUGGAUUGUAUUAUUUCCAGAAGGUGGUUUUCUUAGAAAAAGAAGAGAAACCAGUCAGGCAUUUGCCAAGAAAAACAAUUUGCCAUUUCUUACACAUGUUACACUGCCAAGACUAGGGGCCACACAAGUAAUACUGAAAAAUCUGGUAGCUCAGCAAGAAAAUGGAACUCUGGCAGUUGAAAAUGCUGCAGAAGCAGAAAGUAAAUCAAAAGGUCUUCAGUGGGUGAUAGAUACCACCAUUGCGUAUCCCAAAGCUGAACCCAUAGACAUCCAGACCUGGAUUCUUGGCUACAGGCGACCAACAAUUACCCAUGUCCAUUACAGGAUUUUUUCAAUUAAAGAUGUACCUGUUGAGGCUGAAGCCCUCACUGUUUGGUUAUAUCAACGCUUCAUUGAAAAGGAGGAUCUCUUGUCACACUUUUACAAAACAGGAGCAUUCCCUCCCCUGCAGGGACAGACAGAAGUUGUUUCCCGGGAGAUGACCCUUAGCAAUUUGUGGCUAGUUCUUGUACAGUUCUUUGCAUUUUUGUCAGGUGGGAUGUGGUACUGCAUUCUUCAGUAUUUUUAUCAAUGCCUAUUUUAAAAGGUGAAUGAAUGAGACCUGAGUACACAAUUAGGAACUUGGUACUUUACAGAGUGCAUCAUAUUACAUGUGCAAAUGUGAAUAUACCAGGAGAAAUGAACAAACUGGAUGGACUUUCUCCCCUUUGCGGGAGAGGGGGAUUUUAAACUCCGCUAGAAGAGAGGAUCAGUAAUAUAGUGACCUAAUGAUGUAUUUUAAGAACUGUCCAUAUUUUUAAAAGGUGUGGUUCCCCGCACACCUACGUCAGCAAAUUCAGCAUUUGAACAGGAGACGCAAUUAUACGACCACCACAGGUGAACAUCUGCAGCAAGAAUGCUUUUACUGCAGGUAGUAUUCAGCAUUGUAGUUAAAACUCAGAAUCUUCAGCAACUUUCUCUCCAGUAGUCUGUACUGCAAGUCUUGUGGUAGAGAUCCCUCAUCUGCACAAACUCGAGUUGUAUUGUAAUUAAUCAUGCUGGAUCUGUUUAAUGUACUUUGCAGACCUGGUUAUGGUAUCGUGACUGCCCCAUGUUACCUGUUUAGUAGAGACAUCUUUCUUUUUCUGGGGGGUGGGGGUGGGGAAUAUCUCGGUGAGAUCUUGUAUUGGAAAAAGGAAAUCUACUCUGCAAAGAGACAUUGCAGUAGAAUGAAGUAUUGAAAGAAUUGUGCAUACCUCAUAGACCCAUUUAUUAUUAUCAUGUCUUCUGUCUUUAAACCGUUUGUGAUUAUCCUCUUGGAAGGGUACUUCAAAGUGGCACAUCACUUAAUCUGCUUCCUAUUUUGAUUUUAUAAUGCAUUUCAUAAAUUGAUACACAUCUCUUUCUCUCUCUCUCUUUCUUGCAAAAUGCACUUUUGAAAAUGCAAUACAGUGAUGGAAAAAAGCAUAGCUUGAAAGAAAUAUAGAUGCUGUUCCUAACAGAUUGGAUUCUUGAGAGCUAUUAGCACAGAAAGUUCUGUGGAUUUUGAACCCUAAAGUGAAUGAGUUGCCACAAUCUAGCCAAGGUGGUGUUUUUUUUAACCCUUAUAGAGGCCUUUAUUUCCAUCUGACACAAUAGCACUCAGAACAGCUGUGAGAAGGUUUGUGUUCAUAUAUGCCAAGCACCUCGAUGCUUUGCUUAUAGGAAAAAUAAGAGGAAGUUAAUUUAGUCACAAAACAGUCUAUCUAGUCAUUGGAUAAAACAAUAGGAAGACAUUUGCUUUACCAUUCUGAGCUAUUGCAAAAAUUCUCUGAACCAUGAAGGGCAUUACUAAGUCUGCCAUCUUGCUGAAAAAUGUCACUGUCACAGAAAGGGAAUUUCAUUUAAGAGGCAGACUGGCACUAAAGCAGGGUUUCAGGUGUUAACAUUACAGUUUUAUAAUGGUUUUGAAGGAAAAGUUUCUAUGUUGGUUAUUUAUCACUGUUGGAAUGUUUGGCAUCAUGUCAGUAUGAUAACAUGAAUAUACAUAAAAGAACCAUUCCUAGAACACAGUUUCUAAUUUACACAUACAGGCCUGUAGACUAAACUUUUAACGGCAGAAUGUUGUCUUUUAAGGACUGUAAUUUUUUCUAAGAGCAAAGCCAAGCCAUCAAUAGUUGUCUGUGCUGAGAUUGAGGUAUAUAUUCUCCUGUUUUUUUCCAAAUCACAUGAGAACCACUUUUGGUGAGUAGUAUACAAAAUAAAAAUGUAAAACCACAGUAUCAUACUUUUAUUCUUUUGUUUUGAGUGGGGAAUAGGGACAGGAUGAAUUUUCCCUACUAAUGUACAAAAAUGGCAUCUGUAUAUGCCAAAAGUUAGGUGGUAUCCAAUUAACCUCUCCCACUAACAGAAUGGCUUCCAUCAAAGGAAUGGAGAGGGAGGCUGUUCCCCCUUCCCCUCUGCAGGUCCCUGCGUGCCUCAAAAUAUCCACAGGAUUGGGAGAGAUUCCGGAACAGAAAUGGGGGAUUGGAGUGGGUGGGACCGCAGCAGGGGUAGGGGAACUCCCAUUUUGUGAGCAGAAGUCGGCUUGUAUGAUGUUGGGAUUUGGCAUUGUUUUUAAACAUUUCAGCCUGGGUGAUGACUGCAUCCACCAUUCAUUCUAGAAAAUGCACUGAUGUAUUUCAUUAGUAUGAUGCCACCACAGAUACAAUGCAAAAGGUCAUUAGUAUGUUGCUCAAUCUUUAACAAUAAAUGUAGGUUUUUAAACUUACACAGGUAAUUGAAUUCCGCUAUAAGAAUAUCAUUUUUUAAAUAGUGUGUUUCCUAAAAAGGAAGUGGUUUGGAAGGGCACGUUUCUUUUCUUCUUAAUCCCGCUUGCCUUAUUGAGCUAUAGCUAUAACAACCAGUGUGCUUUAUUUGCUGUAUAGCAGGAAGUUGUUACGGUGUUCAUUUCUGGUCCCUUGAUGUAUGUGGCUACAAUCUGAGCAAAAUACUUCUUCGAUUGGGAUGCAAAGCAGCAACUGUUGUUUUAGGGCAUAGCUUAUUUGGACAGAGUCCUACUUUGGGAAGAGCAUGAUUGUUUUAAAAAGGAAGAUUUAGGACUAAACAUAGGUAGCAAAAAUGCCACGUGCAAGAAUACAGCUUCCAUCCCCUGCAACAAUUGUUCAGCGAGUCUAGGACAAUACUGUAAAUACUGAUUUGCUACUUAAUGAAUCAGAAAUGGAUAGCCAUUUGGUUCAGUGUAUCAUGACCACGUUUUAACUGAUUCCUUUGCAUUCGCCAGAAUGUCUCUUUUAAGCACUGAUCGCCAUUUGAAUGAAUCACCAUGAUUCCAACUGAACUGUAUAAAGUUAUGUCCCAUUAAUUUUAGAGAAACACAUCCUAAUAAUCUGUUUGGGUGUAAUUUACAGUAGAUUGAUAUUUUUCCCUCACUUGUCUAUUGGAAAAUGUGAAGAAAAUAAAGUUGUUGUGUCUCCUUUAUGGUUGAACUGGGAGAAAAUGUGAAGACAUUGUUUUUAGGAAUUCCUAAAUAAAAGCACCUUUCUAUUCUCA